CUGAAAAAAGACCGACCUUGAGAAACGUUGCUGAUAUUCAACCAGCUGUGUGUCAUCGUAGUGUGUGCAGAUGAAUGCCGCUUAGCUACCCCUGAAGCUCCCUGCCUGUUCAGUGACAUAGGUCUAGCAGCCGAGGUCCGAGUGCUGGCAGCAGCACAGGGGGAAGGCAAACAUUGUUCAUGUGAACACUGUGAUGUCACACACCUGGUUGAAUAUCAGCAAUGUUUCCCUUUAAUUCCAUCAACUUCUGUCUCGAUCGUCAGGAGAUGUGGUGGUUCACUUUUACACUGUCAUCUGUAUGUUCAGCUUUAGCUUCUAACUAUCUUUAUCUUUUUAACCUGAGUGAGUCGGACAUGCUGAAUAUAUCCCUCAAACACAGACUGUAGCCCCCUCUGUUUGAUUCUCUCUGAAAAAAAAAGUAAAGGUUGAGCUACUGGGGAUAAAAGUCACUGUAGCAUGUAUGUUAUUGUGUAGCCUACAAUGCUGUGUUUCUAAUACGUAAUUAGCUUACUUAGAUUAGACAAAUCUCGCUGGGUUUAAAUAUUUACAGUAUGACCCAUAAAAUAUAUUGAAUAAAUGGAAGGAAGUAAAAAAAGGAAAUAGGUGCCCUUCUCGCUGGAGUAUCCAAUGACAUUUGUCACUGCGGCAGAUACUGAACAGAGAUGGUGUAUUGAAUCAAAUCAUGUGGCUAAUUGUAGUAAUGCUCCCAAACAGGGGCAGGGGCCAUUUUUUUUACUGGUCCUGUAAUGUUAUCCCCACUGCUCGCAGUAUCCAGUCUGCUUAUUCCACCAGUAGAGACUGACCUCUGGUGGUGCGUGCUGUGCACUACAUCGCUUCAAUACAGCAUCUCUGUAUCAGUUUAAUAGAAAGAGGAACAUCUGUAUUUUUGAUGGUAUUGAAAAUCAUAUUUUCAGGACUUCUAAAUAUCCUGGUACACUGUAAUACGUUGAUGCAGCCCAAGCCUAACAAGUAUCACUUGUAAAUAUUGUGAUUUGUGUGCUGUUUAAUUAUUUAUGACAGAGUAAUGAAAAUGAGCCAAAGAGCUGGAGGUAAACAUGGAAAUAAUGCAGGUGUUCGAAUGUGCAGGAUUUGUAAGUGGCAAAAUAAUCUUUGUGUACUACCUUAUGCUGAAAAUAGUAAUUUUAACCUUGAUGUAUUAUACAAGGAUUUACAAGGAUAUACAAGGUUUUGAGAAUGAGAAACUCAGGUGGCUGCUGGAAGUGAAGAAAUUGUACUGAAUGUUUUUAGAGUUGUUCCAAUACCAAUACCAAUACCAGUAUUGGAAAAUGCCUCUGAUACUGCCUAACAUGAUGGAUCAUUGGCCCCUGUGUGAGUCUAUGCACUGAUCCAAUAACACAUAGUUUAUUAACACAUUUUAAAUUAGUUUCACACCCGGGUGAAGCGGUAAUUUACCCAUAAAUCUAUUCCUCUUCGCUGCUCUGAAGCAGUAGCCCUCACAGCAAGUUGUAUUGUGCAGCCACUGUUUUAGAGCAGCCAAGAAUAAUUGAUUUCCAGUAAAUAGUGUAACCUUAGGCGUUAGCCAAAUGUCCAGUUAAAUACGUUCUAUAACAUUCAUUAUCCACGUUUUUCCAUGGUUUGCAAAAUAGGUUAACUUCAGUCAUGCCUGACAACAAUGGUUGCAAUCAUUUAAUUUCCAUCCAGGGUUACUAGUAUACAGCUUUUAUUUAUUUAUUUUAAUGUCAUCGUAUUGGAUUGGUGUCAGGCAAUGGACAUGUUCAGGUAUGGAAAAAAUGGUAUUGGAACAUCCCUAAUUGGUAAUAUGUCCUGGUAACAAGGCAUGAUCAUGGUGUAAUGAUGUGUUUUACAUGUUAAAAGUGUAUCUGAAUUGCUGUUGUUCAUCAUCAUAUCACUACAUUUUGUAUCAGCAUCUGUAAAUAUCUGUAAUGCCAUCAUAUUUCAAUCACCCCUUUAGCACUGACUGUAAACAAAUUACUCCAUCGUGUUUCAUCAUUUAGCCCAAGAGGCACGGCAACCACAGACUGCAGCUGUCUGCAAUAACAAAAUCAGCUGGAGCAAGUUGUGGAAAAGAAAAUCUGUGGGAAUCAAGAUCCUGAGUGAGAUAAACGAGUGAGUGAGAUCUGACUGCUGGCAUGGGAAAGCAUAAGUGGCUGUGUGGGCUUUGAAAUGAUGACGCUCAGAGCUCUUUCCCCUGGAGAAUAAUGAGCUGAAAUGUGGAGAGGCUGAGCACAAGGAAGCGCGCACAGAGCGACACACGGCUUUUCCGGAGACACACACAAGCCAGCGGUGUCUCCCAUCAGUCCCUGAGCGCACACAGAAUGAAUAUUUUUUUCAAUUUGAGGGGGACGAUUGUGAGGCAAAUAGCAGAGGACAGAGCUGUUGCAGAGGCAGCCAUGAGCCCUCCACGCCGAUCAUCGAGCCCUCCACGCCGAUCAUCGAGCCCUCCACGCCGAUCCUCAAGUUCCCAUGGUGACAGGCCCCCCACUGAGACCCUGCAGAGGAACAACAGCAGCAACUCUGGUGUUAUUCUGGACAUCUCGGCCCUCAAGAUGGCAGAAGUGGACACUGAGGUGCCUCCUCUUCCACCUCGCUAUCGCUUCAGGGACUUGCUGCUGGGGGACCAGACAUUUCAGAAUGAUGACAGGGUGCAGGUGGAGUUCUACGUGAACGAAAACACCUUCAAGGAGAGGCUGAAGCUUUUCUUCAUCAAAAACCAAAGGUCAAGCCUGAGAAUCCGCCUGUUCAACUUCUCACUGAAGAUUCUCACCUGCGCCCUCUACAUACUGAGAGUCAGCCUGGAUAACCCCCAUAAGGACAACAACAACCCAUGUGCAAAUUAUUCGAACAGCAGCAACAGUACAGAGCGGGGAGACAUCGACUGGUCAUUGAUUUUCUGGGUUUGCAGAAAGGAACCUGUAUGGGCGAUACAGGUGACAGUGGCCUUAAUUAGUUUCUUGGAGACCAUGCUUAUCACAUAUCUCAGCUACAAGGGGAACAUUUGGGAGCAGAUCUUCCAGAUAUCCUUCAUAUUGGAGAUGAUCAAUUCAGUGCCAUUUAUAAUCACAAUCUUCUGGCCUCCAUUAAGAAACAUAUUCGUUCCUGUAUUUCUUAACUGCUGGCUAGCCAAAGGAGCCCUGGAGAACAUGAUCAACGACUUCCAUCGUGCCAUCCAGAGGACCCACUCUGCCAUGUUCAACCAGGUGUUCAUCCUCAUCUGCACCUUACUGUGUCUGGUUUUCACUGGAGCUUGUGGGAUCCAGCAUCUAGAGAGAGCCGGGAAGCACCUUUCCUUGUUUGACUCCUUCUAUUUCUGCAUCGUCACCUUCUCCACUGUGGGCUACGGGGACGUCACGCCACAAAUCUGGCCCUCCCAGCUGCUGGUGGUUAUUCUCAUCUGUGUUGCCCUAGUGGUGCUCCCACUGCAGUUUGAAGAACUAGCAUACUUGUGGAUGGAGAGCCAGAAGUUAGGAGGGAACUACAGCCGACACCGGGCGCAGACAGAGAAGCAUGUGGUGUUGUGUGUCAGCUCGCUGAAGAUCGACUUGCUGAUGGAUUUCCUCAACGAGUUCUAUGCUCACCCGAGACUACAGGACUACUAUGUGGUGAUCCUGUGUCCAACGGAGAUAGACAUUCAAGUCCGCCGUAUCCUCCAAAUCCCUCUGUGGUCCCAGAGGGUCAUCUACCUUCAAGGAUCUGCCCUCAAAGACCAGGACCUGAUGAGGGCCAAGAUGGAUGACGCUGAGGCCUGCUUCAUCCUCAGCAGCAGGAAUGAGGUCGACCGGACUGCUGCUGAUCACCAGACUAUUCUGAGGGCUUGGGCUGCCAAAGAUUUCGCUCCAAAUUGCCCUCUCUACGUCCAAAUUCUCAAACCUGAAAAUAAAUUCCAUGUUAAGUUUGCAGAUCAUGUAGUGUGUGAGGAGGAGUUCAAGUAUGCCAUGUUGGCGCUCAACUGUGUGUGUCCCGCCACGUCGACCUUGGUCACGCUCCUGGUUCAUACUUCCAGAGGACAGGAGGGUCAGUUGUCACCGGAGCAGUGGCAGAGGAUGUACGGACGCUGCUCAGGAAACGAGGUUUACCACAUCCGCUUGUGUGACAGCAAGUUUUUUGGGGAGUAUGAUGGAAAGAGCUUCACCUACGCCUCCUUCCACGCCCAUAAGAAGUAUGGUGUGUGUUUGAUCGGAGUGAAGAGGGAGGAAAACAAGAGCAUCCUUCUGAACCCCGGGCCCCGCCACAUCAUGGCUGCUGCUGACACCUGCUACUACAUCAACAUCACCAAGGAGGAGAACUCAGCCUUCAUCUUUAAACAGGAGGAGAAGCACAACAAGGGCCUGCCUGUCACCGGCCUCUACGACGCCCCCUCUAGGCUGCCCGUGCACAGCAUCAUCGCCAGCAUGGUUGAUCAGGCCACUGCAUAUGGCACAGUAGCCAUCGAUCUCCAGAACCCUGAUCCUCCUGAGGAAAGCGGCAAGCUGACCUUGCCGACGGAGAAUGGCUCCGGAAGCCGCAGGCCCAGCAUUGCGCCAGUCCUUGAGAUUGCCGACUCCUCCGCCAUUCUGCCCUGCGACCUCCUCAGCGACCAAUCAGAGGAUGAGACUAACCAAUCAGACGAGGAGGGCUCUGUAGGGUCAGAUUUUGUGAAGGGCUACCCCCCCAACUCGCCCUACAUUGGCAGCUCUCCAACUCUGUGCCACCUCCUGCCACAGAAAGCUCCAUUCUGCUGCCUCCGCCUCGACAAGGGCUGCACGCACAGCAGCUUUGAGGAUGCCAAGGCAUACGGUUUCAAGAAUAAGCUGAUUAUAGUGUCUGCAGAGACGGCUGGAAACGGCCUCUACAACUUCAUCGUCCCUCUGCGCGCUUACUAUCGGCCCAGGAAGGAGCUCAACCCCAUAGUGCUGCUGCUGGACUACCCGCCAGAUAACCACUUCUUAGAGGCCAUUUGCUGCUUUCCAAUGGUUUACUUCAUGGCUGGAACUAUUGAUAACCUGGACAACCUGCUGCAGUGUGGUAUAAUCUACGCUGACAACUUGGUGGUUGUGGACAAGGAGAGCACCAUGAGCGCUGAGGAGGACUACAUGGCAGACGCCAAGACCAUCGUCAACGUCCAGACUAUGUUCAGGUUGUUCCCCAGUCUCAGCAUCAUCACCGAGCUCACACACCCGUCCAACAUGAGGUUCAUGCAGUUCAGAGCCAAGGACUGCUACUCACUCGCGCUCUCCAAACUGGAGAAGAUAGAGCGCGAUAAGGGCUCCAACUUGGCCUUCAUGUUCCGGCUGCCGUUUGCUGCAGGCAGGGUGUUCAGUAUCAGCAUGUUGGAUACGCUGCUCUACCAGUCGUUUGUUAAGGACUAUAUGAUCGCCAUAGCGAGGCUUCUCCUCGGUCUGGACACCACGCCUGGCUCUGGGUACCUGUGUGCUAUGAAGAUCACAGAAGAGGACCUGUGGAUCAGGACCUACGGCAGACUCUUCCAGAAGCUUUGUUCCUCCAGCGCUGAGAUCCCCAUCGGGAUCUACCGCACCGAGUCGCACAUGUUCUCCACCUCAGAGUGCAAGGACAGUUACGCUCAGUCUCAGGUGUCCAUCAAAAUGCAGCAGGGUGAGGAGCAUCGGGAGCGUAAAGAGUCCUGGAAGGAGAAGACGGCUCACAGGAACUCCACCACGAGCGACCAGUCGGAGCACCCGCUGCUGAGGAAGAAGAGCAUGCAGUGGGCGCGGCGGCUGAGCAGGAAGACCACCAAACCGUCCAGCAGAGCGGAGCGUAUCUCGCAGCAGAGACUCAACCUGUACCGACGCUCCGAGCGGCAGGAGCUGUCCGAGCUGGUCAAGAAUCGCAUGAAGCAUUUGGGCCUGCCCACCGUGGGAUACGAGGAUGUUUCUAAUCUCACUGCGAGCGAUGUCAUGAAUCGAGUAAAUCUAGGAUAUUUGCAAGAGUUGCAGGACAUUUCAGAGCACCCGUAUACAGAGGGGACCAGGCCGUCAGGGCCACAAGCAGACGAGAUGAACGACCACCAGAACACGCUGUCCUACGUCCUCAUCAAUCCUCCUCCUGACACCAUGCUGGAGCUCAACGACAUUGUGUACAUUAUUCGGUCCGACCCGCUGGCACACAUGCCAGAGGACUCACAGGUGGGGCAGGCCCGCAGCACCAGGAACCAGCAGGACUUUGGCACAGAGACAAGAGACGAGACUCACCUCUGAAACCCCCUCAGUCCUCGUCACCCUGACACCUUAACCUCCGAGCCCCGCCCGGGCCGACAGAGCAUGUUUGUCUCACACAGAUGAUGGCUUGUCUCAGGCCAAGAACAGCAGUCCAUAGUGAAUGUGCAUUAUGUGUCUCUCAGCCUCGGAUCAGAAAUAACCAACACUUUAAAAGAUGGCCCUGAGAGACCUACUGUUUCCCACAGAGCUGCUACAGGAGGAUGCAUGAAGAGUGCCUCGUCAUCGACCCCGAUUCCCCUCACACACCUCCUGUACUAACACACGUCACCCUCGCAAAACAAUCUCAACCUGAGAACCAGGCACAGGAAACGGCUCCCUCCUUCCAACCAAAGGAUUGAGAGAUUUGACAGAUGUCGUGAGAGGUCACAGGAGGUUUUUUUGUGCACACACUGUACAGGAUAUGAAAUCAUUUCACUCAGGGGUGAAGUUGCCCUCGUACCACGACUUGGGCCGACUUCCUCUACGCCUGUUCCUGCCUAAACUCACAAAGAACCGAAUCUCGGGGCAACUACACCCUCUGCCACAUCUUAACCAUCAUGUUUUCUACAAGUAAAUGCUCUGAAUUUCUGAAAAAUUCAAGCAUUUAUCAUGAAAUUACACAACAUGUGUGUGCACUUUUCUUAAUUUAUUACAAAUGUCAGUUUGGUUUUUGUCUGUUUCUAAUCAGACGGGAGUUUCAUUUUCUUUAUGAGCACAAACUUUUUUACGACCAACUGUCAUCUGUGAAUAUACACAUUGUAGUGGCACUUUUAUCAGCCAUACUAGAAACGUCAGCAUUCCUCUCUGUUGUUUUCGACACUGAUUUUUGUUGUUAUCGUAAGGAGUGAAUAUCGUUAAUUUAUUUCACUAUUUAAGUGUUUAAAAUCAUGUGUACGUGCCAUUCUUUUGUUUACUCUAUUGCUUUGUAAUAACUUUGAAUAAUUUGUGCGUUAUGUGCCAUUGUGCUAUAUCAGUGUUAGUUUUUCAUUUUUUAAUUUCUUAUUAUUGAGCCUGACUGAUUUUAUUUUAUCAGAUACAGCCAAUACGUAACAUUUCUGUUCAAUAAUACUAAAGGAGUAUCACUACAUGACGGCUAAUUUAAUCUAAAAGCUGAUGGUGGCUAUUUCAUCUUAAAAAAAUAAUUUAAUGUGCGUACUUCAAGUUUACAGAUAACACACACUACUUCAUUAUAAUUAUAAUAACUUCUAUUAUAAUUGAGUUAAUUGUAGUUAAAAAAAAAUUCAAGCCUCAUUUUUAUAUUUUAUUUUAUUUAUAUUAGUUUUAGUGUGAUGUUUUUGAAAAAAAUUGUAACAUGUCUUAGCACAUAUCUUGGUCAUCACAUUUUAAUAACCAGAUUUAAAGGAGUAGUUGGGAAUUUUAGGGAAUAUUAUUAUUUAUUAUUUGCUAUUUAUUUUAUUUGCAGAGAGUUAAAUGAGAUGCUUGACACCACUCUUUCAUCUGUGUUAUAAAUAUGAAGCUAGAGCCAGAAGGCAGUUAGCUUAGCUUAGCAUAAAGCCUGAGCUAAUAGAAGCAGGAGGGGAACAGCUAGCAGUAAAGCUGGGUCGUGUCCAGUCACGUCGCUAAAUCAAGCUGAUAACAUGAAAAACAUAUUAUGUUUAUUUAUAAACGUGUGUAAUUUACUGCCGAACCAAGAACUGGCAACCUGAGGGAGAUCAAAUUCCGGUCAAGGUCGGGGGGAUGAAGUUGUUUACCAAAAAAGUUUGAGUUUUUUUGGUGUGAUCAGAUAAGCGGCCUCUUUCAAGCCCCUAUUAGACAGCUUGUUGCGGCAUUAUUCCACUCGCCGUUUUGUAUAAAAUGUAUGAACACAAAAUUGGGGGAGGGAUUGUUGUUCCACCGUUAAGCCAGCAGUGGAGAUAGUAACGGGGCCAAGUCUAUUAUGGACCACUCUCGAGCACCUUCAUCCAGUGAAAGUAGCAAAGCACUAGCUUCAAAAGUGGCCAGAUGAUGUCAUGCACUUGUUUGCAUGUUUGUGACAUCAUUGUACAUUCAUUUUGGAUAAAAGGAGCGUCAUACAACUUUGUCGAAUUCGAUUCAAUAGAAAAAUUCUCAACAAAACAUUUGAGUGCAACGAGAGCUUUGUGACAUUACCAAUCCAGAGAGCGAGAGUGUCAAUGUAACCAUAGAAAGUUACAACAAAUUAACUUUGAGUGGCGUUUCCUCUCCUCCUACCUACCCCACGCCUACUGACUAACUGUGCAGGAGAAAGGAGGAGAGACUCUGCACUGUCAGCAGAGGAGUUGUGGACUGUGAUUACUCUGGGCAGCGAGCACGAGAAUCAACAGUAUGAUAUAUUUGAAUGUAUUUUUUGCUUUACUCCUGUGGGUCCGAACAUGCAGCUAAAUUUGUCAUUAGAUGCUCUUUAGAAAUAUCGUCACUAAGGGGGUCUGAAAAGCCACAGUGGCCAAGUUGGCAACACUGGGACUGGCUGCUGAGUCAAGUGCGACAUCUAGUGGUAAAAUUUGGUAUAACGGUCUGGAGUGAGGCUUAAUUUUAAAUAGGUUUAAACAUUUUUACAGCGGACCAACCCUCACUAGCAGCGCCCCUAAAGCUUACCAGUUCAGUUAUGUUAUAUCUUGUUUGUUUAAUGUGUACAAAAUCAUGUACAUAUUUUUUUUUUUUACAAUUUUUACACCUGCAGUUCUGUACAGGUUAAACAAGCUAUGAAGUAUAUUUUUAAGUGAGCGUAAAAGGUGCUGUUAGGCGGACUUUGGGGAAAGCCAGGCUAGCUGUUUCCCUUUGCUUCCAGUGUUUAUGCAAAGCUAAGCUAACAGUCUUCUGGCUGUGGCUUCGUAAGUGGUGGACUAAUAUGAGAGUGGUAUCAAUCUUUUCACCCAACUCUUAGCAAGAAUUAAUAGAAUGAAUAUUCCAAAUUAUCAGACUGUUAAUUAAGGGUAUCCUUCUGAGAAUUAUUUGUUAAAAACGAGUAUGAGACGAUUUAUCAUUUUCACAUUUUAAGUCAUACAUCAAUAUCAGUAUUGGCCUUAUAAAUCUACAUCUGUCAGGCUCUACUGUUUUUAUUUAUUUACUCUUAACUUUAAAUCCUUUGAGGUUGAUGGUAAAUAUUCAUUUCUUGUGAUCUCCAGUUUCAUAACUCUUUACUGAGGUACAGUUCAACUGGUAGCAGAAUCGUUUUGCACAGACAGCGACAGACACAGUCGAUCUGUUUCUGAAUCUAUUUGGAACGUACUUGAGCUGAAAACAAAGUGCUCUCCUCUCCCAGAUUGUACAGGCCACACCUUGUGUAUAAGGCAGUGUCAGUGUGCAGUAUUUAAUCUUGAUUUAUGUUCAUUUUUGUUCACUGUAAAUACUAACUUUAUAUAUUCAUCGUUUGCAGUUUUGUUUUCGGUCUCUUGUGUGUGAUAAAAAGUGAAAGAGGACUUGAACUAUUUUUGCACUAAGCUCUGCGGGGAUGUGUAGAGCAUUACGGCAUGACCCUUUAAUCUGAAGCUGUACAAGCCGGUGGACAGUAUUCAAGCAUUCCUGUGAAGCAAAGACGAGUCAGACGUGAAGUAACAUGUCAUGCUUUGUUGUGUUGUUUUGAUUUACCUUGCAGAUGUUUGAGAAGUAUAUUUUGGUGAGUGCCAUUCUUAUUUAUGUGUCAGACAGAAAUGAUGAAGUAUCUCAGAUGGAUUUCUCUUUGAAAUUUGCCAAUGUAUUUUGUUUCUUUGAAUCAGCAUAAGCUUUUUUUAUGUUUAACAGUAUGUAUUUUGCAAAAAGGCCCGUCAGACAUGUCACAGACAGACAGUUUACAGGACAGGAGAGCUGAGGAGUGAGAGCGACCGCAGUGGAAGAUAAAGAUUGUUGUGCUGAUCCAUCCAUUUAACGUCUUCCUCGGUCCUCACUCCUGACAAAUCUUAACACUCCACGAAGAGUUCACUACUGUCCAUACUUACAAAUACCACAACGGGGCAUGUAAACACUAAACAGCAUGUUUUGAUAUACAAGCUUGCCAAGAACGAUACAUUUUGUACAUUUAGUGGGACACUCGGUGGGACGUCCCGUGGCUAGAGAAAACCCAUAAUCAAGUCAACUGCUUGCAAGUUGGAGCCAUUAUUUGAUACUGUGUAUUUAUAUGAAUGGAACAUGCAUGUUGUGUCCAGGUGUUAUCAGAAGCCUAUGUAUUAUGUUUACCUCCACUUUAUGUUUUUAAGUCAUUGUCAAAAAGGGGUUGAUCCAUUUUGUACUAUUUCUUAUGAGGAGCGAGUUUCCUUCUCCACAUAUAAAAUAUGAACAAAUAAAUGCUGCAUGCAGCCAGAGAUACAAA